AUGGUCGGCGUGCCCUCCGUAGAUGUCGGCUUUGUGGAGCACGCCACCGGCGAGGAGGCGGGCGGCAGGCGGUCCUCGCUUACCGCUCAUUCACACGCCCAAACUACCACCGAAGAGGAGUCCUCAGCGGCCUUCGAGGACCUCCUCUACCCCAGUCGUCCCUAUCCGCUGCUGGGCACGCAGUACGACCAGGCGGUGGCGGUGGAGCGCUUCGUCGACCCCGGCUACGCCUACCACCUGACGGUGGAGCAGGUGCUGGCGGAGCUGGUCCGCUCGCUGGCCGACUCGCCCUUCCUCCCCUUCAACCUGCUCGACUACGCACAGCUGCUGCGCGACUUUUCAGUCAAGUCGACCCAGCUGGCGGGGAACAUCAUGCGCGAGUACCGCAGCAACGCCGACAACACCAGCCUGCAGUUGAUGGCUCGCCUUGAUCUGAAGUCCCUCGAGGCGGCGGUGAACCGCUUCACCAACGAGGCGAUACGCUUUCACGCCCGUCAAGACCACGUUGAUCUCAAAGAUCCUCUGGCAGUCCGACGCAUCAACGACCAGCUGCAGAUGGUGGAGCGGCAGUUUCUCGACCACCGCGGCAUUCCCAACAACAACCUCAAGCGCCAUCUCAUCCUCUCGCCCGCCGACAAGCUGAGCUCCAUCAGUGGCGCCCUCGAGACGGAGGGCAUCUUCCCGGCGCUGCUGGACGAGCUGGAUCAGAUCAUCGACAACAGCUACAUUAACGUGUCGGUGAUGCGCCUGGAGAAGCACCUGCCGCUGCUGAUCAACACCAUUCAGAAUGCGGCGGAUAUGCUCGCGGAGAGCUGGUAG